AUGGACGUAGAAUCAUCCAAAGAAUGGUUUUCAAGCAUCUUGCACGAGGACGUAGAAGCUGUUCAGAAAAAUGCCGAGCAGCGGGCCGGAACCAAGACAGAAGACGGUGACACGGGCCUAUUGUUAGCCACGAAGUCUGGAUUGGUUAAAGUGGUUUCUGUUCUUGCGCGUUAUGAAAGCGGGCAUCGCGAUGCAGCCGGUCUCACUGCGCUUGCCAUUGGGAUUCUUGAGGGAAAACUUUCUAUCUGCAAGCUUUUAGCGCCGUAUGAAGCCUGCGUACCUGUGCUUUUGCAUGGCGAGGAAAAGGCACCCAUGGUUUUGGCAUUGGAAACGGGCUGUCUCGACGUCGUGGCCACCAUAUUGGAGUACGUUGAUUUGAGUGCUGAAACUAAUAUGCAUGACCAAUACAUUGUAGCAGCGGUCUCAUCUGGCCGACUUGACGUUGUGAAGUAUGCACUGAAGCACUGUGCUGCGGACCUUAAGAGCAUAGAGCGCGCCUUGCCUAUUGCAACCGGGGAAAUAGAAGCGUAUCUCAGGAAAAUACACGAGAUUCUCUGCAUAAGCACGUGUCCCGUGUGCGGGCAUGUGAAUUUAGCCAACUUUUCCGUCCUUCCAUUGCAUUUGAUGACUUCACACUCACCAACAGAGCCUGGCUCCUCUUCCAUCGUAUCUGCAGAUUCCCUUGAAAAGGACAAAAUAAUACUCAAUCAGAAGUUAGAGAUCGAAAGGCUACGCAAGAAGCUUGCUGAGUUCCGUGUCUCUCUUGACAGUGCAGGCAUAGAGCCUACUGGAAAUAACGAACACAGUGAUCUAUCAUGCUUUUCGGACUCAUCUCAGUUACGAGAUCUCUCAACGAUGAACCAUCUAGAUGCUCAAGACAAAGAAAUGCAAUUAAGUAGUCUUGAGGAAGAAACUCUGGGCAAGGAGAUACAAAUCAAUAUUAUAGAUGCCCUAGCUGAUGAUGUUCACGCGCCAGCAGCAUGUUCAGUUGACCCAGCAAUCUCUACCUGCCAGCGAUCAUCCUCCAUGCCCAACAUCUUUCCAGAGCGGUUAUUAGCAACGUAUGCUGACGAUUCCGAGACUCAUUUAAGAGACUUUGUAAGCCAGCAGUUGCACAGGUACAGAACCAUCCGUAUUGAGCAGGUCGGUAACGCUGAAGUUGACAUGCACCUGGUUAAGGAGAUGCAGGAGAAACCAUUUGAUACACCAGCUAAUCUAAACGCGUAUGCGCACUACUACACAGAGUCUUCAAUGACGAACAGUGCUCUCGAGCUUCCCAGUGCGACAACCUCCAGCACGACAAGUUUAGCAAACUAUGAUGCAACAGAGUCCAUUCAAGUUCCUGAUCCAGUCGAGAAGUAUGUCUAUGUGCGCUUGCGCUUUGACAGCUACGAGGAUUGUCUCUAUGGGACAAUAGCGGAGCAUAUCCUUCCCGUUACUCUCUGUCGCAUUUCUGAGACAAGUGAUGGUGCAUUGCAAGAGUCCAUUACUACUACGGGGCUGUUCCGGAGAGGACAUGUUGGUCAGAAGCUAUCUUCCUCGUGUUCAGAAGACAUAGCCGACAGGACCCCACUCAUGGUGGCUGCCGCAGCAGGUGAUCUUGAGGUCUGCCGAAGCCUCCUGUUUGAUCACGUCGGUAAGCGUACUAAUAGUGGAAAGACUGCGCUUAUGUUUGCAGCCGAGGGAGGUCAUGCAGAUAUUGUGAGGCUACUCCUGGAGAAAGAAGCAGGAAAAAUCGCAAACAGUAGAAAUCAGGUAGCUCCAGUGACUGCACUGCAAACAGCCGCAUUGUACGGCUAUGAUGCCAUCGUUAGCCUUCUCCUGGAUGCAGAGGGAGGAAUGCAAGACAAGUAUGGCUUCACAGCUCUAAUGUACGCCUCAGCAAACAACAACGUAGCGUGCAUCAAGUUACUCCUAUCUAGGGAGGCAGGAUUAUUAACAAAUGCUAAAUUUGUGACCGGCCAAGGCAUGAGCGCCUUGGUUAUUGCAACUGCGAACAACAAUAUUGAAGCAGUGAAGCUUUUACUUCCAGCAGAAGAGUACAUGCCUCGAGUACGCUCUAGGGCUAUCGCAUACGGGGCUGGAAACGAGUGUGUUGCAUAUAUAAAAGCAGUUGAAGAAAAGCGCUUAGCUAAACUUCGGGCUUGCAGUGCAGUUAACAACAAGAGUUAA